ACUAAUUAUUUUUAUAAACAACAUGGCUGACAAUCUAGACGAUGAGUGGUGGGUUGACGAAAAUAACCAUGAUAAAUCUGUCUCAGAAAGUGAAGGUAAAGAAAAAGUAAAGAUCAGUAAAAGUAAAAAAGAAGGAAAAGUCAGUUUAGAUAGUGAGAAGAAAAAGAAAGGAGCUAAAAGGACUGCAGAAGUUGGUGAUGGCAAGGAACCAGUGAAGAAAAAAAAGAAAGUAUCUAAAAAUGAAAAGAAAAAAGAACGUAAAAGAAUCACAGACGAGUCCCCAGAGACGCUAACAAGACCUGGCAUGCCAGAAGAUGUCAGAGCUCUGAUGACAAAAGUUCUAAAAGACAAGGUCAAGGAUGGGCUGCUGGAAGAUUGUUUGCUAGAUUCAGAAAAUGACUUCUACCCCUGCAACACAGAAGCUCUGGCACCCAAGGAUUACCUGGCAUCAAUCCUAACCAAGUGGAAACAGGCCAUCAAGAAAAGUUUCUUCAUGAAGAAAACUGGUAGUCCCUGUCUGCUUAUAGUGACUAGCUCAGCUAUACGGGCAGUAGAACUCAACAGGCAAAUAAAAGAUUUCUUAGACAGCAGGUGUAAAGUUGCCAAACUUUUUGCCAAACAUUUAAAGGUAGAAGAGCAAGUCAAGUUUUUAUCAAAGACAAAUUGUCAGGUUGGCAUUGGAACACCUGGCAGACUGCUGCUAUUAAUUAGACAAGGUGCCCUACAACUAGAAAGUUUAGUGGCUGUUGUGUUAGACUGGAACUGGAGGGACAGCAAGUUGAAGCGGAUGUCGGAUAUUCCAGAGGUGCGGACAGACCUGGUGACUCUACUCAAAGAUUAUGUCAUUGAAACAGUGCAGGCCUCGCCAUGCAAGUUGGCUUUGUUGUGAUGUCUGUCUGUGUGUGAUGUCUGUCUGUGUGUUUGUGAUGUCUGUCUGGUGGUUGCUGGUUGUUUGACGUGGGAUGGUGUAAAUGGAGCAAAUGUACAAUUUGUAGUGUAAUUUUAAUA